CCGCCCCGCGCCCCUCCCCUGUGUGCGGGGCGGAGCUGCUGUGUCGCCGGAGCUGGCAGAGUGGCCUGUGCAGCAGGUGCCCCGCAGGGCCCGGUGGCUCAGCCUCCCGGUCACCUGAGCUGGGCUCUCUGGGCGCCCCUGUGGGCUGUGUGCACAGGCUUGUAGCUGAGCCUUGGCUGCUGUGGGCGUCCUGGGAGGAUUGACCGCCAGGCCCGCUGGCUGCGAGGACCGGCUGUGGCCACAGCGGGAGGCUGCUGUGCAGGAGGCACCCCGUGGAGCAGGCCUUGCUCCGGUCGGGCUUUGGGCUCCCUGAGUCUCCCCUGAGUGUGGGGCUCACGGUGUGUGGAGUUGUCACCUGCUGUGGUCGGAAUCUGUGCCCUGGGCGCAAGCCAAGGCGCCAUCGCAGGGACUCAGCCAUGGAGGGCAAGCCCUUGGUGACGUCCAAACAGAAGACGGAAGUGGUGUGUGGGGUCCCCACCCAGGUGGUCUGCACGGCCUUCAGCACCCACAUCCUGGUGGUGGUGACCCAGUUCGGGAAGAUGGGGACCCUGGUCGCCCUGGAGCCCAGCGCUGUGACCAGUGACAUCAGCAAGCCCGCGCUCACUACCAAAGUUCUUCUCGGGCAGGACGAGCCUCUCAUCCACGUCUUCGCAAAGAACCUGGUGACCUUUGUGUCUCAAGAAGCCGGAAACAGAGCCGUCCUCCUGGCCAUGGCCAUGAAGGACCGGAGCGUGGAGGGGCUGCGGGCCUUGAAGGAGGUGAUCCAGACCUGCCAGGUGUGGUGACCUGGACUUGCAGCCACACCUGCGGCUCCACAGAGCCGGGGGGAAGGCAGGGACUCGCUGGGAGCCCCCCCUGCGCCCUGGAAGCCGAGGAGAGGAGAGGAGCGUGUCUCCCGCAGACUCCUGUUGGCCUCUGACCCCGACCUUGGACGGAGGGAGUGCGGGAGUGCGUGUGGGAGAGUCGGGAUGGUCUCACCAGGGCCCAGUGGGUUUGAGAAUUGAAGAGUCCUGGCCCUCAAUGUGUGGUACCGGCAAGUGGAGGGAAUUGCUUUUGUAUUAAAAACAAGUGCAGAAUCCAA